GAGGAGAGAGGGAGGGAGAGAGAGAGAGAGAGAGGAAGAGAGAGAGAGAGAGAGAGGAAGAGAGAGAGAGAGGAGAUCAUUGCCUCAUACAGCGUGUCUGUAUCAGAUGAGAGGGGGGGUCACCAGGAUUCCCUUGAAGCUGCUCUCCAGGAACAAGAAAAGAAAGAAAUGUUACAAGAUUUUGUGCGCACCUCGUUUACCGGAUAGGAUCUCUGCUCGUCAGCGCGGCCGUUUCAUCUCCAUCGAUUCGUUGUUUUGUUUUUUUUAUUAUAAGAAGAUGCCGAAGCGGGGAAGAAAAGUGAGACAGAUUAUGUCUGGAAUAGACAGUUUGAAAGAACAAGACCAAUAGCGAAAUUAGUGUAAUUUAUCAUAUUUCUUUUUAAAAAAAAAAUCUUUUUAAAUGGCAUGUCAAAGUAGCCUCUUUAUCUUUUUUGAUUGCAUCAAUUUUUAAUAUGAGCUAAUCAAUAUCUGACCAGGCUAUAGUAAAAGUUUUUUUUUUUAAUGAAAUGGCAUUUUCUCCAUAUCUUGCUUACAAUAAUCUGCUGUAUAUGCAUUGAAACUAAGCUGCAUUCAGCCCAGUGCAAGGUGAUUUGACUCUAGUGUUAUUGAAAAUAUAUUUAAAAAAAAGAGGGUUGAACUUUGCAGAGGAGGGGUUUCCUGUUUCAUUUGCUUGAGAUUAUUUUCGUUAUCAAGGACAGUAGCCACGGGUCUGUCUCAGAACUCCGGAGAGCUAUAUAGGAUAUAUAUGAAGAUCGCGACACAGUUGGUUUCCUCUCGCAGAAAUGCCAGUGCGUGCUGUGACCACCAGGUUCAUGUACAAGGGACUUUGCACUAUUCCAGAUCUCCUCGCCUACCGGACCCCUGUGAUCCUGCCUGAGGAUGAGGUGGAAGAGAUCCGUGAGGCUUUCAAGGUCUUUGACCGAGACGGGAAUGGCUUCAUCUCAAAGCAGGAGUUGGGGACUGCCAUGCGCUCACUGGGCUACAUGCCCAAUGAGGUGGAGCUGGAGGUCAUCAUCCAGAGACUUGAUAUAGAUGGUGACGGUCAAGUUGGCUUUGAUGAAUUUGUCACAUUGCUCGGUCCUAAACUCUCUGCUGCUGGAAUGCCUGAUAAGUUUCACGGAGCAGACUUUGAUUCAGUGUUUUGGAAGUGUGACAUGGGGAAACUGACUGUGGACGAGCUUAAGAGACUGCUUUAUGAUACUUUCCGUGACCACCUCACCAUGAAAGACAUUGAGAACAUCAUCAUGACUGAGGAGAACCACCUGAACAGUCCAGAGUCCCACGUGGACAUUGACACAAGCCCAACACAACAGGAAAAACACACAUGCGUGCGUAAAAGCCUGAUUUGUGCCUUCGCCAUUGCAUUCAUCAUCAGCGUUAUGCUCAUCGCGGCAAAUCAAAUGCUGCGCAGAGGGAUGAAAUAAAUACUACACCAGCUGGCUACCAAGAGAUUUAAGGACGGACACUGAAAAAUCCAACAUUAACCAAAAUACUGGACUGUUUUUGGUUUCGUUCGAUCAACACCCACGAUGACGCUGUCACAGCUUCUCUCUAUAAUGGACAAAAUGAUGUCACACUGUGGUUUUGUAUGACCACAAAUCAUAGCAUACCAUGGUAAAAGAAGAAAGAAAGAAAGACAUUUCAAGGGCUGACGAGUAUCCUAAAAAGUCAUUGAUUCAAAUUUCUGAUGUUUUCUAAGAAGUUAGCUAGGAAAGCAGUCUGUAGAAGUAUGUGCUGUAGAAAUAGCUGUGCUGUGUCUAUUAUAUCAAAAACAAUUAACGUUGUUGAUGAGAACAUUUGGAAUGCACCCAAUAAUGAUAUUACUGAUGAUAGUAAUAAAGCAAUACAAACGUGUUGAUGGGCUGCAUAUUAAGUAGCUUUAAAUCACUUUCGGAAAACAUAAGGAUAGAUGACUGGGUACUGCAUAAUGGGUCUCUUUUAAGUCUCUGUUUGUUUCAGUGCCAAGAUUCAAACUCACAUCCAGUUUAACAUUCUUUGCUGAACCAGCACCAUCUGUGAUCUACACCUUAACAAAAGAGCAGCCCCAUUAAUUAAAAACACAAAUCAGUCCGUCCGUGAGUCGGCCGGUUCACCACUUCGGCCAAGACUGAAAUAUCUCCAAAACUGUUGCAUUGAUUGCCAUGAAAUUUUAAAGAGAUACUCAUUAUCUCCAGAGAAGAAUGCUGCGGACUCUAGUGAUCCCGGGCUCGUCCUGUAAUGCCACCAGCAGAUCAAAGUUUUCACUUAUCCUGUGAAAUGUCUCAACAUCUACAGGAUUAAUUGGCACAAAAUUUGGUAAAGACAUUUACGGUUCCCGAAGGAUGUACUCCAGUGA